AUGGCAGCGCAUCCACCCAGAAGCCCCCCGAACGACGAAGCGACGGAAAUGCCACCUCUUGCACGACCUUCGCCGCUCUCAAUAUCAUCCUCAGGACCUCAGCCCCCACAUGCUCGCAAAGUCUCUAUCGCCGUCUCGGAGCCCGACCGGUCAUCACCUGGCAUCAACGGGCUGCGUGGUAGUCUCGGGCAGAAGGGCAGAACGCUGGGACUUCAAGACAAGCUUCGAAGAGAGGUAGACGGUGUAGUGAAGAGGCGCACUGGGGGAGUGUUGGGAAGAGGCUAUAUUCUAAAAACAGGUCAGCAAGGUCUCAAUGCUAUGCAAGGAACAGAAGGCUUAAUGUACGAUAUCGACGAUGAUGCAGACCAUUUCCCGACCGGACGUGCUAUGGAUCUGGAGCUAAACAUCCAAGGAGCUCCCAACUUUCGAGCGCCCCAGGAUGAGACUCUCAAUGUUUUUGGUGUGGCACAACCCACCACGGCCGGUCUGAAAUCAAUCCUCACUAUGCUCGGCGCCCAGCCGACUUUUCUCCGUAAACCUAACCGACGUGGCUCAACAGUGACAGGCGCCUCCCCAGCCCUCAACAACAGGCGCUUCUCGCGCGAAGACUUUCCACAAAGGCAGCCUUUCGAGAGAUCAAACUCUAUGGAUGAGAGGGAGCCGCAGGGCAAGGCUGUUUGGUUCAGUACUCGAGAGGAGACUCUUGUCUACUGCAAUGGUCGACCGUAUGUACUUCGAGACGCAUCCAACCCCUAUCAAACCCUCGCACUUUCCGAACGUGCCCCUAACCUCGAAGACAUUGAACGACGUCUCAAGAUCGACAUUCUCGACGAAGCUCGGAAAUACGGCGGGAUGAUCCUCACCCACGACGAGCUUACGGGCGGCACAAUCAUCCCUACAUGGGUGAGCGUCGAUGAAGAGAGCAUCCAGACGCCUAGGGAAGUGUGGGAUGACAUGAAGAAGAAAGGGUGGAGGGUGGAUUACUACAGAAUUCCCAUUGCCCCCGACACGCCUAUCGAACACAAUUAUCUCGACUCUUACGUCUCGGUGCUCAAAGAAGCUGACCCCUUGACGACUGCCUUGGUGUAUAACUGUGGUAUGGGAGUGGUCAGGACGACGUUUGGCAUGUGUGCGGCUAUGCUUGUGCGAAGGAAGCAGCUCCUUUUGCGGGGAUAUGACGAUCCGUUUGCUUCAGAAACAUCCUCGGGGUUCAACACUCCCCAAGCUGCUUUGAUGCCACAAGCAGCCCAAGCAAAGAUGCAGACUGCGUCGCAGCAGGCUCUCAACAAGAGCUUGCUCAAGAUGACUCGUAUCCUCAACAGAAACCUUCCGUCCAAACAUCCUUCAACAGCUAUCGAUCUCCUCACUUCACAGCCAGCCCUCCUCGAGCGACUCUGCAAAGCCCAUAUGGGUAGCUACCAGAUCGUCCUCUCGCUCUUGUCCAGUCUGGAUCAAGGCAAGCAAAUGAAGCAUCUUGUGGAUGCGGUCAUUGACUCUUGCGACGCGGUCAUCAACCUUAGGGAGAAUGUUAUCGAGCAGCGUAUCAAGUAUAGCGUGGCUUCCAUGGAUGACAAGAAGAGGCAGGUGUAUCUGGAGAAGGCGCUCCGAUCGCUCGAGCAAUACUUUGACUUGAUCGUCUUUGCGUCGUAUGUCGACGAAGAGGAUGCUGGAGACACUGGUGUGACAUUCUCCGACUUUCUGAAGAGCCGUCCCGAGAUCUGGCAUCAAAUCAAGGUCCUUCGACGUAACGGCGGUAAUCGUCUCUUCGCCUUUGCCCCCGCCAAUGACCUCUCCGUCAUCUCCCGUUCCUCCGAGAAUGACGACCAUCUCCCUACCCACCGCGAAGUCGACCUCCAAGGCGGCAAGGUACUCGGCGACGAAUGGGCCGAGCACGUCGUCACCAAUCGAAAUGGUAUCAUGCUGCGGGCUAGCACUCUGCUGAAGUCAGAUUUGUGGUUGACAGAGAGUGCGAGCUCGAAUGAGGGCGUAAGGGGUGCUAUUGGGUUUAGACAGAUUAAGGGGUCUAUGAUUUAUGCGACAGGACAGCCUACGCAGGACGCUGUUUGGACUAUCCUCCAGAAUGUGCGCGAGCAGUGGCCGACGAUUGAGAGCGUGGUCUGGGUGUGUCUGAGAGAAGAACCGCUGGUCAUGGUCAAUGGAUCACCAUACUGUCUUCGCCGAGGCAGUACAGCGCUGCGAAACAUGCGCGACUACUCGGGGGUUUCAUCCACCCGGCUCGAGAUGCUCGAACAGCGCCUUAAAUCAGAUGUCAUUGCCGAAAUCGACCAAUUCCAAGGCCGAGUGCUGUUGCACACCGAGACCGCGGAUGGACAGGUGGUGCCAGUCUGGGAGAGCGUCGACAAACAAGAUGUUACGUCACUCAGGGAAGUUAUGGAUGAAGCUGCCCAUGCCUCCAAAGAGGUCCAGCUGAACUUUGUCCGAAUUCCUAUCACCUCGGAAUCUUCGCCUGAUUUCCACGACAUUACCGAACUCGUCGAACUUUGUAUGAGAAUCGAUCUGUCCAGCACGGCUAUCAUUCUCAACGAUCAACUCGGUCGAGGCCGAUCGUCCACGACAUCUGUGAUUGUCCUUCUAAUCCAGCGCUGGCUCAAGGGUGGCCGAAGCCAAUCCCAUCGAACGCCCUCGAGAAGCAGACCUCAGGCAUCGAGGAAGAACACCACUGUCGACCAGUCGCCAAAGACGAGCUGGCAAGUAAUCAACAGCUGCUUGAGAGUCAUUCGGAACGGGCUGCAUGUCAAGCAGGUCGUUGACGAGGCUAUCGAUGCGACUGCCGCUCAGUUCAACCUUCGCCAGACUAUUGAAGAUAUCUAUGUCGAGGCCUCAGAGGCCACUGAAUCGGAAAAGAAGCGUAAGCUUACUUCCAUCGGUCUUUACCACCUCAAGCGAUACUACCACCUCUUGCUCUUUGCUGCCUACCUCGACGACCGAGCACCGGAGCAGGAAGAAUACUAUUCAUUCGAGUCGUUCAUCAAGCAUCGACCAGUCUUCAAGACGCUUGAAAAAGAGCUUGAAGAAGGCGGCAUCGAGAGUUUGGCGCCAUUAGAAAAGAUGGACCCUGCGGAUGGGAUGGCGCUGCCGGAUGAGGUGACUCAGGUCGUAGUCAACCGUGCGGGCGUCAUUUUAUCGGCACAGACAAUCCUCAAGUCCGAUUUUUUCUCUGGGCUGCAAAAGCAAAGUCUGCCAGACAGAGUGGAUGGGGCUGCCAACUACCGCAAGCUGCCUCUGAUUUGCGACAGCUCUGUGGAACCAGACGAUGAAGAGCACAAGAAGUUUGUGUAUGGUACCGGAAUGCCUUCUGCUGAAGGAUUGCGAAAUGCUCUAAACAGAAUGGACGCUGGUCCCAAUGGUAGCCGAGCAGUCAAAUGGACGUCGUUACGAGAGGAGCCAGUCCUCUACGUCAACUCUCGGCCUCACGUUCUGCGUCUCGUCGAUAAGCCUCUCACCAAUGUCGAAACUACUGGUGUCACUGCUGCCGUCGUUGAACGCAUGGAGGAGGCCAUGAAGAAGGAUGUUAUCAACGAACUACGCGCCCAAUCUGACGGCCGACUUUUACUUCACGACGAAGUUGAGUCGAAGCCCGGUGUUUACGAAAUCAUUCCGAUCUGGGAGACGGUGAAAGAAGAGGAUGUGAUGACGCCGAAGGAGUUGUAUGAAAGUGUGAUUAGGGAAGGCUACAAGGUGGACUAUAUGCGUGUUGCUAUUACAGACGAACAAGCCCCUCUGCCUGUGACGCUCCAAGUGAUGGUCAACCGUCUUACUAGUGGUCUGCGAGAGAACACCGACUUUGUCUUCAACUGUCAAAUGGGUCGCGGAAGAACCACGACGGGUAUGGCUGUCGCUUCACUGAUAGCUACCAUUGCGGUCGACGAAGCUCCCUUUGACCACGGCCUGCACACGGAUGAUGAGGACGAGGAGGAGGAGGAUGAAGCUGUUCCCGAAGCCACUCAGUAUCAGAAUGGCGAGUACAAGACCAUUUUGCAGCUGGUUACAGUGAUGAGCCGGGGCAAGGAGGCGAAGCGUGUCACCGAUCGCGCUAUCGAUCUCAUGCAAGGCGUGCAGAACUUGAGAAAGGCCAUCUACGACUUCAAACUCCAAGUAGACGCGGCGGAACCUGGAACUGCCAAACACAAAGCGCAACUCACAAGGACGAUCAACUAUCUGUACAGAUACGGCGCGUUGAUCGUGCUCGCCAACUUCUUGCUCGAGAUGAAGGCCGAAGGUAUCCCGCUGGAAAAGAGCGAUUUCUCGACGUGGCUUCAGAAGCACCGGGAGAUUCGGACCAUUCUCAACCGUUCAACUUUGGACUAG